UGGGAGCAGGGGCACGAGGGAGAACGGGGGACGGCGACACUUGACUUGGAGAUGGCGGCCGAAGCAGGGGACAUAGACUAUGAGAAGCACCCGUCGGGCAUCAUCCCGACACUGCAGAACAUUGUGUCGACUGUCGACCUCAAGACCUCGCUGGAUCUGAAGAAGAUUGCACUGCAUGCCCGUAAUGCCGAGUACAAUCCCAAGCGGUUUGCAGCAGUCAUCAUGCGGAUCCGCGAGCCUAAGACGACAGCGCUGGUGUUUGGGUCGGGCAAGAUGGUGGUGACUGGCGCCAAGUCGGUGGAACUGGCCAAGCUGGCCGGGCGCAAGUACGCGCGCAUCAUCCAGAAGCUGGACAACCCGGCCAAGUUUGCCGACUUUAAGGUGCAGAACAUUGUUGCGUCGUGCGACGUCAAGUUUGCCAUCCGCCUGGAGGGUCUUGCGUACGCCCAUGGCGAGCAUUCGUCGUACGAGCCGGAGCUGUUUCCGGGCCUCAUCUACAAGAUGUUCGCGCCAAAGGUUGUGCUCCUCAUCUUUGUCUCCGGAAAGAUUGUGCUGACCGGAGCCAAGACCCAGGACGAGAUCUACGAGGCUUUUGAGACCAUUUACCCUGUGCUCUCCGAGUUCCGCAAGACCUAGUCUUGCUCAGCUGCGUCCUGCUUGGGUGUCUGGUCGCCUGGUCGCCCCCUCCCCUCCCUCCCCUCCCCUCCCCUCCAUCAUCACUUCAACGGCGUGCUCGCGCACUGCGGCGCCAUGCUUAAACGCCGUUGGAGUUGCACCCGUGCUUAAAACCCCGUGGUCC